CACAUAAGAAGUUCAAUUUAUUUUAGUGGUCUUCCUGCACCUGAAACAAUAGCUGAAGAUCCUGAGAUAAUGGAAAAAAAUGAGUCACUUUCCAUCGCAGCAGGACCGUUAAUCCAGAUGGCCCCACUUGAUGUUCACAGCCAAGAUGACAAUGAUAACAAUGGCCCAGAAGCAGUGGAAGAGGAAGCUGUACAGACCCUUCAAGCUUCAAAUGAAGGCACUGUGUUGAUGGAUGCCUCUAAAAGAGUGUCUCAUUGUCCACCUGGACUGCUGUCACUUAAUCAGUUUACUCAUCUGUCGGUUCAUAAAGAGGAACAGUCCGAAUGCGACUGCUAUACAAAAUGUGUUGGUGGCCCCAUUAUCUAUUCAUAUGUGGUGAGGGAUCAUACUGGACGGAAGAUGUUCAGUGUGAGAGAAUAUGAAGACUGCUGUCAACAGCAGUGCUGUGGCUUGGAACGUUCCUUCACUCUGCGUUUCACAGACAUCACUGGCUGUGAGGCCAUCACUCUGAGAAGACUAAGUGCCUGUAACUUUGGGUCAGUUGAGCUGAUGGUCCAUAGUGGUCCAGGUAGUCCGAUAGGAUAUGCCGUAUGGAGCAGCUGUUGUCUGUUCAAAAUCUCUUCCCAACUGUCCAUUCAAAACGAGAGGAGAGAGACCGUCCUAAAGAUGGCUGGAGAGACAUGUAUGAGUAUGAAAUGUUGUGGCAGCAGGAUCCAUUUCCAGGUUUCAUCACUGGAUGGAACCAUCAUAGGAGACAUAUCCACUUACGGAAGUAAACUACAAUAUGACAUUCAGUUGCCACUGGACCUGGAUGUCAAGUUGAAGGCGGUCAUACUGGGAGCCUGUGUUUCCAUUGACAUCAUGCUUUUUGGAAAAUCAGAAGAAGGCAUCCUCUGUGAAAUAUUAAAAGUCCUGAAAUGUUCCAAGUGAUGAUGGAUUGUUUCCUCAUUUGACACCAACCGGAUCUCCUCCUCAACCCAAAAUAUUUCAAGAUGACAAGGCUCUGAUGUUAUUUUAAAGAUAAUAUAUGUUAAAGACGUAAAGAUGUAAUAGCAAUUGUAAAAUGAUUAAUGUAUUCUUCUGUAAAGUUCUAAGAGGAUGAUAAAAUAAACUCACAUAUACAGUACAAAAUCUCGUGGUGUUUUGGAUAUACUAUAAUUCCAUAUAGUCAAUUCAAGUCUGUGGUCAUAAACCUUCCUAUGCCAAUUUGUACCUGCUUUAAGUAAAAGUCUUUAUUAUUAUUGUUAUUAUUAUUUGUAUUAUUAU